AUGGCGUCCUCUGGCGCUCGGGCACCGGCGCUUUGUUCCCCGCCGGCUGCCGGGGCUGCCGAGGGCUCUGGUGGCGACCCGAGGGCCUCCCUGGAGCGGCUGGGCCGGGAGGACUCCCGGGGACGGGAGCGGGGAGCCGCUUUCCGGCUGCUGGCUCCUAACGGAGUCGGCUUCGACGCCGGCCUGUUACUCCAAGCCGCGGCGAUGCAUGCAGGCGGCGUCUCCAAGCCGCUAGGUUAUUUUGAUAAGAUCUUAUUAAGAGCUCUUUGGAAUGUGAAAUUGUUUGUUUUCUUUCUUACAGAUAUUGAAGCACAGAUUCGAGAAAUCCAGGGCAAGAAGGCAGCUCUUGAUGAAGCCCAAGGAGUGGGCCUUGAUUCCACAGGUUAUUAUGACCAAGAAAUUUAUGGUGGAAGUGAUAGCAGAUUUGCUGGAUACGUGACAUCAAUUGCUGCAACUGAACUUGAAGAUGAUGACGAUGACUACUCAUCAUCUACAAGUUUGCUGGGUCAGAAGAAGCCUGGAUAUCAUGCCCCUGUGGCUUUGCUUAAUGAUAUACCACAGUCAACAGAACAGUAUGACCCGUUUGCUGAACAUCGUCCUCCAAAGAUUGCAGACCGGGAAGAUGAGUACAAAAAGCAUAGGCGGACCAUGAUAAUUUCCCCAGAGCGUCUUGAUCCUUUUGCAGAUGGAGGGAAGACCCCUGACCCUAAAAUGAAUGCCAGAACUUACAUGGAUGUUAUGCGGGAACAACAUCUGACUAAGGAAGAGAGAGAAAUUAGGCAACAACUAGCAGAAAAAGCUAAAGCUGGAGAACUAAAAGUCGUCAAUGGGGCAGCAGCAUCCCAGCCUCCCUCAAAACGAAAGCGGCGCUGGGAUCAAACCGCUGACCAGACUCCUGGCGCCACUCCCAAAAAGCUGUCAAGUUGGGAUCAGGCAGAGACCCCUGGGCACACCCCUUCUUUAAGAUGGGAUGAGACACCAGGUCGUGCAAAAGGAAGUGAAACGCCUGGAGCAACCCCGGGUUCAAAAAUAUGGGAUCCUACACCUAGUCAUACACCUGCGGGAGCCGCUACUCCUGGACGAGGCGAUACGCCAGGCCAUGCAACCCCAGGCCAUGGCGGUGCAACUUCCAGCGCUCGUAAAAACAGAUGGGACGAGACCCCCAAGACAGAAAGAGAUACUCCUGGGCAUGGAAGUGGAUGGGCUGAGACUCCUCGAACAGAUCGAGGAGGAGACUCUAUCGGGGAAACACCAACUCCUGGAGCAAGUAAAAGAAAGUCUCGUUGGGAUGAAACACCGGCUAGUCAGAUGGGGGGAAGCACUCCUGUUCUGACUCCAGGAAAAACCCCAAUCGGCACACCAGCCAUGAACAUGGCUACCCCCACUCCAGGUCACAUAAUGAGCAUGACUCCUGAACAGCUUCAGGCUUGGCGAUGGGAGAGAGAAAUUGAUGAGCGAAACCGCCCACUUUCUGAUGAAGAAUUAGAUGCUAUGUUCCCAGAAGGAUAUAAGGUCCUUCCCCCGCCAGCUGGUUAUGUUCCUAUUCGCACUCCAGCCCGGAAGCUGACAGCAACCCCCACACCUUUGGGCGGUAUGACUGGUUUCCACAUGCAGACUGAAGACAGGACGAUGAAAAGUGUCAAUGACCAGCCGUCUGGGAACCUGCCGUUUUUGAAGCCUGAUGACAUUCAGUACUUUGAUAAACUAUUGGUUGAUGUUGAUGAAUCAACACUUAGUCCAGAAGAGCAAAAAGAGAGAAAAAUAAUGAAGUUGCUUUUAAAAAUUAAGAAUGGUACACCUCCAAUGAGAAAGGCUGCUUUACGUCAGAUUACUGAUAAAGCUCGAGAAUUUGGGGCUGGACCUUUGUUUAACCAGAUUCUUCCUCUGUUGAUGUCUCCUACACUUGAGGAUCAAGAGCGUCAUUUACUUGUGAAAGUUAUUGAUAGGAUACUGUAUAAACUGGAUGACUUAGUACGGCCAUAUGUGCACAAGAUUCUUGUGGUCAUUGAGCCGCUGCUGAUUGAUGAAGAUUACUAUGCCAGAGUGGAAGGCCGAGAGAUUAUUUCUAACUUGGCAAAGGCUGCUGGUCUGGCUACUAUGAUUUCUACCAUGAGACCUGAUAUAGAUAACAUGGAUGAGUAUGUCCGAAACACAACAGCUCGAGCUUUUGCUGUUGUAGCUUCUGCCCUGGGCAUUCCUUCUCUAUUGCCCUUCUUAAAAGCUGUGUGCAAAAGCAAGAAGUCUUGGCAAGCCAGGCACACUGGUAUUAAGAUUGUACAACAGAUAGCUAUUCUUAUGGGCUGUGCUAUCUUGCCACAUCUCAGAAGUUUAGUUGAAAUCAUUGAACACGGUCUUGUGGAUGAACAGCAGAAAGUUCGGACCAUCAGUGCUUUGGCUAUUGCUGCUUUGGCUGAAGCAGCGACUCCUUACGGUAUCGAGUCGUUUGACUCCGUGCUCAAGCCUCUAUGGAAGGGUAUCCGCCAGCACAGAGGAAAGGGUUUGGCCGCUUUCUUAAAGGCUAUUGGGUAUCUUAUUCCUCUUAUGGAUGCAGAAUAUGCCAACUACUAUACCAGAGAAGUGAUGUUAAUCCUUAUUCGAGAAUUCCAGUCUCCAGAUGAAGAAAUGAAGAAAAUUGUAUUGAAGGUAAUUAGUUGUUCCAGUUUAUUUGGUGUGUGCACGUGCCCCCAGUGCAUGCAUGUUAUGGAGUUAGUCGACACCACUGUGGAGCUGGCAAACAAAGUAGGAGCUGCAGAAAUUAUAUCUAGGAUUGUGGAUGAUCUGAAAGACGAAGCUGAGCAGUACAGGAAGAUGGUGAUGGAGACAAUUGAGAAAAUUAUGGGUAACCUAGGGGCAGCAGAUAUUGAUCAUAAACUUGAAGAACAACUGAUUGAUGGCAUUCUUUAUGCUUUCCAAGAACAGACUACAGAGGAUUCAGUAAUGUUGAAUGGCUUUGGCACAGUAGUUAAUGCUCUUGGCAAACGAGUCAAACCGUACUUGCCUCAGAUCUGCGGUACUGUUUUGUGGCGUUUAAAUAACAAAUCAGCAAAAGUUAGGCAACAAGCAGCUGACUUGAUUUCCAGAACUGCUGUUGUUAUGAAGACUUGUCAAGAGGAAAAACUGAUGGGGCACUUGGGUGUGGUGCUGUAUGAAUAUUUGGGUGAAGAAUACCCUGAAGUAUUGGGCAGCAUUCUUGGAGCACUGAAGGCUAUUGUAAAUGUAAUAGGUAUGCAUAAGAUGACACCACCAAUUAAAGAUCUCUUGCCUAGACUCACGCCCAUCUUAAAGAACAGGCAUGAAAAAGUACAAGAGAAUUGUAUCGACCUUGUUGGACGAAUUGCUGACAGGGGAGCUGAAUAUGUGUCUGCAAGAGAGUGGAUGAGGAUUUGCUUUGAGCUUUUAGAACUCUUAAAAGCUCACAAGAAAGCUAUUCGAAGAGCUACUGUCAACACUUUUGGUUACAUUGCAAAGGCCAUUGGCCCCCAUGAUGUACUGGCUACGCUUUUAAACAACCUCAAAGUUCAGGAAAGGCAGAACAGAGUGUGCACUACUGUAGCCAUUGCCAUUGUUGCCGAGACGUGCUCCCCCUUCACAGUGCUCCCUGCUUUAAUGAACGAAUACAGAGUUCCUGAACUCAAUGUUCAGAAUGGAGUGUUAAAAUCGCUCUCCUUCUUGUUUGAGUAUAUUGGUGAAAUGGGAAAAGACUACAUCUAUGCUGUAACGCCUUUACUUGAGGAUGCGUUAAUGGAUAGGGACCUUGUGCACCGACAGACGGCUAGUGCAGUGGUACAACACAUGUCUCUUGGUGUGUAUGGAUUUGGCUGUGAAGACUCUCUGAACCACUUACUGAACUAUGUAUGGCCUAAUGUGUUUGAGACAUCUCCCCAUGUAAUCCAGGCAGUUAUGGGAGCUCUGGAGGGCCUGAGAGUGGCUAUUGGACCAUGCAGAAUGUUGCAGUAUUGCUUACAGGGCCUCUUUCACCCAGCUCGCAAAGUCAGAGAUGUGUAUUGGAAAAUUUACAACUCCAUCUACAUCGGCUCCCAGGACGCGCUCAUAGCACAUUACCCAAGAAUCUACAAUGAUGAUAAGAACACCUAUAUUCGAUACGAACUUGACUACAUCUUGUAAUUUGAUUGUGUGUCUAAUACACAGCUGUUUCACACCUUAAACUUGCUUCGAUCUGAUGAUAUAAACUUGUAAACAUUGCAGAUCAGUGUAGAGCUGGUCAUAGGAGGGGGUAGAAAUCCAGUAGCAUGAUUUUUAAAUAACUUUUGUUUUUGAUGUUAAACAGUAAACGCCAGUAGUGACCAAGGACACAGUGAUUACACACACUAUACUGGAGGGAUGUCAUUUUUUAUUCAUCUUUAUGAAGAUUUAGAAUUCAUUCCUUGUGUUUAAAGGGAAUGUUUAAUUGAGAAAUAAACAUUCGUGUACAAAAUGCUAA